CUUUUGUGCGACGCAUUGGUUUCCAUGUUAAGAGAGAUUUCAAAUCAUUAUAUAAUUGCUUCCAAAAUUCGGAGCUUAGGUUUGAAUAAUUGAAUUAACCGGUUGCAAAUAAGUUGCGACUUGAUUUUAGACAGGUAUUCUUAGAACUUCAGAAAGGAUAUUCUUCAGAGCCAAAUCAUCAUCAUUGACUAGUAUGGAAAAUGAUCGAGGGAUUGCUGGUAGUCCUAAGCAACAACUAGCAAAAUUAUUUGAAGUAUCUUUGAGAGUAACAGCUCCGGAGGAGUUGGAUAUUGACCCUGCUAUUGCUCCUUGUCAAAAUCCCAAAUUUGGUGACUACCAAUGCAAUAAUGCAAUGGGUUUGUGGUCAAAAGUUAAAGGAAAGAGUACCCAGUUUAAAAAUCCCCAACAAAUUGGACAGGCCAUUAAAGCAAAUCUCCCUGCAUCAGAAAUGAUAGAUGGAAGCUCAAUUGCUGGACCUGGCUUUGUAAAUGUUAAAUUGUCUGAUAAAUGGAUUGCCAAGUGCAUCCAAAAUAUGCUAAUGGAUGGUAUUGAAACGUGGGCUCCUAAGCUCUCGGUUAAAAGAGCUGUGGUGGACUUCUCAUCACCUAACAUAGCAAAAGAAAUGCAUGUUGGUCACUUAAGGUCAACUAUCAUUGGAGACACCCUGGCAUGUAUGCUGGAGUUCUCAAAUGUGGAGGUUCUUCGGAGAAACCAUGUUGGAGACUGGGGGACUCAGUUUGGUAUGUUAAUAGAAUUCCUAUUCGAAAAGUUUCCGAGCCUGGAAGUUGUCAAUGAUCAAGCCAUUGGAGAUUUGGAGGCAUUCUAUAAGGCAUCAAAGGUAAGAUUUGACAGCGACCCUGCUUUCAAGGAAAGGGCCCAGAGGGCGGUUGUCAGCCUGCAGGCUGGGGAGGAGAAGUACCUGAAGGCAUGGGCUGAAAUUUGUAAAAUCAGUAGAAGUGGAUAUGAGAAGGUGUAUGAGCAUCUUGGAGUUCAGUUGGAGGAAAAGGGCGAGAGCUUUUACAAUCCUUACAUUCCCAAUGCUCUAGAAUUACUGAAUAAAGAGGGAUUAAUUGAAGAAAGCGAAGGAGCUCGUGUCAUCUUCGUUGAAGGAAAAAAGAUACCCCUUAUUGUUGUAAAAAGGGAUGGUGGGUACAAUUAUGCAUCGACAGAUUUUGCUGCUCUAUGGUAUCGACUGAAUGAGGAAAAGGCUGAAUGGAUUAUAUAUCUUACUGAUGUUGGCCAAAGGGAGCACUUUGAAAUGCUUUUUGCUGCAGCCAAACGAGCUGGUUGGCUUCCAGCUGGUGAUAGUAAGUAUCCUAAAACUAGCCAUGUAGGUUUUGGGCUAGUUCUUGGAGAAGAUGGAAAAAGAUUUCGAACUCGCAGUACUGAAACUGUAAAACUGGUUGAUUUACUAACUGAAGCCAAAAGUAGAUGCAAAGCUGCUUUAAUUGAAAGAGGCAAGGAUAAAGCAUGGACUGAAGAGGAACUCGAUAAAACUGCUGAAGCAGUUGGAUAUGGGGCUGUUAAAUACGCUGAUCUGAAGAAUAACCGAACAACCAACUACACAUUUAGUUUUGACCAGAUGCUCAAUGACAAGGGCAAUACUGCCAUGUACUUGUUAUAUGCACAUGCUCGGAUAUGCUCAAUUAUCAGAAAAUCAGGGAAAGAUAUUGAAGAGUUAAAAAUGACUGGGAAGGUAGACUUGGCUCAUCCCAGUGAACGUGUUCUAGGACUUCAUUUGCUCCAGUUUGCUGAGGUUGUUGAAGAGUCAAUCACAAAUCUGUUGCCAAAUGGUUUGUGUGAAUAUUUAUACAAUUUAUCAGAAUACUUCACUGGAUUUUAUACCAACUGCCAGGUUGUGGGAUCUGCAGAGGAGACUAGUCGACUGCUGUUGUGCGAGGCCACAGCAGUUGUUAUGAGAAAAUGUUUCCAUUUGCUGGGAAUCACCCCUGUUUACAAAAUUUAACCCAUACCCUGAUCAUUUGCUAGGAAUUUGAUGGGUUUGUUUAUUGGGGGAGUUGUAUAUAUGCUCGCAAUUGGAAGAGUUUUAGCUGUGUUUGGAAACUCAAGAUCUCUGUUCAAGAGUGUGUUAAAAACAAUUGGAUUGUUGAUUUGCAUGUAAUCAAAGAGAGUAAAUAAAGUGUGCAGUGUCUCGUUUGUUCCAUAUGUAA